UGCAUCUGGCGUGUGAUCCGUCCUGUGAGCUGUGUGAAAGAAGAUCGACUUUGGUUUUUUGGACGAACAUUGUUUAAAAGUUGAAACAUCAUCAUCAUAUAACAUGUCGUGGGGUCAACAGCAGCCGUACAAUCCAAAUUAUCCUGGUGGAUAUGGCCAGGCACCUCCACCUGCCACCAACCCAUCGGCACCACAAACUGGCUACGCCCCUCCCCAUGGACAGGUACCAGGUUACCGGGCUCCCCCACCGGCCCAUAACCCAGCAUAUAAUGCACCGGGGUAUGGACCCCCACCUCCUGCUCAAGCACCACAAGGUUACGGCGCCCCCCGUGCAGCUCAAGCACCACCAGGUUAUGGUGCCCCACCGCCACACCAAGGGUAUGGUGCCCCAGGAUAUAACCCAGGUGGUCCUCCUCAAAUUGGUCUUCCUCCUGGUGCAGACCCAGUAUUAUGGUCUUGGUUCAAAGCAGUUGAUGCAGAUAACAGCGGUGGAAUCACUGCCGAUGAGCUUCAGCAUGCGUUGCUUAAUGGGAAUAUGACGCCUUUCAAUCACGAGACUUGUAGGCUUAUGAUCGGCAUGUUUGAUCGAGACAGAAAUGGCACCAUCAACUUUAAUGAGUUUUCAUCAUUGUGGAAAUACAUUCAGGAUUGGAAAGCUUGUUUUGACAGAUUUGACAAGGACAGAUCAGGAAACAUUGAUGCCAAUGAACUCAAUACAGCCUUCCAGACAUUUGGAUACAGAUUGUCAAUGCAGUUUUGUAAUCUCAUCGUGACCAGGUUUGAUCGAACUCAUGCUGGAACGAUAAAGUUUGAUGAUUUUAUCCAAGUUUGUGUGAUGCUCAAGUCUUUGACAGAAGCUUUCAAGAAAAGAGACAGUAAUAUGAAUGGCGUCAUCAAUGUUUCGUAUGAGGAUUUCUUAGAAAUGGUAUUAGAGAAUGCAGUGCACUGAUGUCCCAACCUUCCAUCAAGAUGAAUUCACUUCAAGGUAACAGGUUCCUAUACUAUCAGGAUGUCCCCUUUUGUGACUGUACAAGUUUUCUCAAGGCUUCUCAUAGUCUAAUAGGCUUGCUUCAGAAUUCCAGUUUAACUUACACCAUUGUCUACAGACGAGGUUUAUCUAUGGGUUGCCAUAUGUGAUGCAUAUCUCCAUAUAACUAAGUGAUAAAUUUGAUUAUCCCAUUUUGCUCUCACAUCAUCUUGGAAUGAUAAAUACAAUUAUUUUCUUCACCAUGAAGAUAUGAGAAAGCUCCCAGUAAAGUCGUAAGAAGUGUACAGUGCAAACAUAUUUUGAUACCCGAGGCUUCCCAUGAUUUUAUCCCAUAUUAAGCCUAUGGUUUGAAUUUGACUGGAAUUCAGCAUAUGGGCUAUGCUGAUCUGAAUUCAUUACAGGAAGACUGGAUCAAAGAGGAAUUUUAAAAAAAUGUUAACUUAAUACUUUUGAGAAAUUAAACUAUCAUUUUAAGAAAUGGGUUCAAUAAGAGAGAAUGGGUAAUAUUUGAUUUGUGUAUUUGUACAAAUAUAUUUCACAUUAAUUCUAACAGUAUAUGCUUUUUUAUUUGUCCAAUAGAGGCUACAUCGUCUACCUAUAUGAUCUUGUAGUUUUACAAUUAUCUUUACUUUAGAAAAAGAACAGGUAUCUAAUGAGGUGAGAUCAAAACCAUUGAACUAAGGCUGUCACCUUACCAAAUGCCAGAGUUGUAUCUUGCUUGCAUGGAUCAUGUAAGCUUCUUCACAUUGCUAAUCUGUCCAUUAGAUCAUUGACAACAGAGUUAUGCUGCAUGAAAGAUGUAGCAAGAUUUAUUGCAGGAAUCUUCCUAUGAAGGUUCCACUUUUUUAAUCAUGAAAUGUGAGAUUAAGUAACGAAUAGACGAAUCGCAGUAUUCCUGCAGAAAAAAUGUGGCUUGUAUUUCUUGCAAUGUACAUUUAUAAGCAUAUGAAAACAAAGACUGUGAUAACUCUUCUUUUUUAUUAUUGAUUUUAUCAUGAAAUCGUUCAAAUAUUUGCAUUAUCAGUUGUUCAAUUAGCAUUCCUAUGCAAUUUUUGUUCCCAUAUGCUCUCUCCUACCAUAAGUUCUAAUUUCUAUAGGUAUACAGUUUCAUUUGUCUUUAAUACUUUUGUACCCUUUAGUUUUGUUAGAUCAUUGUGAAUACAGCAAUUUAUAAUCUACAGCUUGUAAACAUGAAAAUAUAAGUGAGAGUUUAGGCCCUGUUCCUUGGACACAGGUAAUGAAGUAUCAACAAUCAGUGUUUACUUCUUGGUCAAUAGAUGAAUGCUAAUAUUUCAUCAUAAUUUCAAAGUGUCAGAUCAAGUGUCACGAAACCUUGUAAGAUAGUUAUCAUCAUGUUAAAUGACGAGGUUGAGAUCAUUAGUACCAUUUUGAUAUCAGACAAAAUUCAUCGCAGUAGAAUUAUUGAAAGUUCGAUUUCUUAAAGUGUGUCCCUCAUUUUCAAAUUUCAUGAAACUUUUACCCUACAAAACUUCAGGGUCACAGGAUUUAAGGACAAACAUAAUUUUUAUAUUUGAAAAAUACUCAAAUGUGAAUUCUAUGAAAAUUUUACACAAGGGUUAUAAAUAAUCAUGUCACAAAGUAAAGAUAAAAAUGCUGCCAUUCUAUGCAGGGAUGAUUGUUAUGUGGACUUAUUAGUGAAUUAUUGUAUUGACUAUUGAGUAUAGUUUUGAAUUUAUUUCCCUCAAUAACUUCAGUUAUUUCAUGUAGAGAUAUGUUUACAGCCUUGUAUAAUGUUUUCAAUCAUGUCUUGAUGUCUAAUCCCGGCUCUGUAACACAAUUUAAGGUUAAGGUUGAAAUCCAUUCAUGCAUAUUGUAUAUUAAAAUUCUUGCUGUUAAUCAGUACAUAAAUUCAAAUUUACAAUUUGUUCACAUAUGAUUAGAGCUAUGGGAAACUCUCUCCCACUAUAUUAGACAACAGACGUUGGGCUAUCUCAUUUAAGAACAGGUCACCAGUCAUUUGGUAUAUUUCUCCAUGCAUGAUUUGUAUAUAAACAGUUGAGAUAUUAUAUUUUGAGUGCAUGUAUGAUUGCAGGGUUUUUAUAUAUAAAAAAAUUGGGUUUUUUGUAUAAUUAAUUUACCUGCCCUCAGGAACAAUAUUUGGAAGAUUGAAUUCAAUAGCACUAUUCACCAAUUAUUAUUAACCAGUCUUAAAUAUCAGUACCAUGAAUUUCCUGAUUAUGUGAUUUGUUGGUAUAAGUUAUCAUCAGAUGAUAACAAAUUAUUGCUUCUUAUCUAGAUACUAAAUCUAAGUUAUUUUCAGUUUCCAAUUUGCAUUUGAUUCAUGUUAUUUUGUCAAAGCAUUUUAUAUAUGAUUGCCUUCUUCAGACAUAUUUCUCUUCUUUUUUGUAAAUACAUGUAAUUCAUUCCUUGA